CAAACACAAUGCAAAUCUUGUUGUUUCUCAUGUAAACAGUGUGUUCCAUUCUCUCUUCCCUCCAUUCACGCUACACCUCAAUCCAUCACCAUCUCCAUCUUCCAUCUUCCUUCCAAAUCCCAAUUCCCCAAUUCUCCGAUUCGAACUUCAACCGCCGAGAUUCUGUUCAUUGAUUUCCCCUUCAUCCUUCCCCGGAGUCUCAGUGGGACCCACUUCCCCUUUUCCGAUCAAGUUUCCAUUUUUACCCUUCCACCCCACUCAAAAACCGAAAUCAUUCUGGUGGGUUUGAUGGUGAAAAGGAGAUGAAAUUGAAAGGAGAGAGAUGACUGGAGUGUCAUUGGGUCUACGAACAGGUAGCUAUGGUUCUCUGCAGUUGAUUCAAAACGGUAAUGUUUCGCAGGUUCCGGUGCUUGUUCGUAGAGCUUCGAAGACGCUCCUUUAUAACCCCAAAGAGAAAGAGAGGAGUUGUUUGUAUAUUUGUCGUCAUCUUGGUCGUGGCAAAGUUGCUAUGCUUCUCAUGCUUCUUUGUGGCCUUUUCAUUUUUGUCUUUGGUUGCUUUACACUUUACAAAGGUGGAAACAUCACCAGUGAAAUUGAAGAUACACGAUCUUAUGCCCUUAGUACCUACAAAGUUAUAGGCGUCGAUGGAACAAUAGAAACUAAGUUAAAGGGUAGUAGUUCUUCUACUUCGUUGACAAGUAGGCAUAAAAAUUCAUUCAGGGAACCUCCUGUUUCCCCUUUACGAUCUUCAUAUAAUUUGAAAGGAAAAAAAGGAGCAUCCUCUACUGUGGGACAUCAGUGUGACCAUUUUGCAUUUCCUCCUCCUCCACCAGCUGAUAGAAGACGUACCGGACCACGCCCAUGUCCUGUGUGCUAUAUUCCUGUGGAGCAAGCUAUAGCUAGUAUGCCAACUUCUCCAUCAGAGUCUCCUGUACUUCGCACUCUCACAUAUGCACAUAAUGAAAAUAUGUUUCCAAGUGAACCGGAGGGCGGCUCUGAUUUUGGUGGAUACCCUCCUCUGGAAGAAAGGGAUGCUUCUUUUGAUAUAAAAGAGACCAUGAAAGUGCAUUGUGGAUUUGUAAAAGGAAGCAGACCUGGUCGCCAGACUGGAUUUGAUUUUGAUGAGGAAGACCUCUUAGAGUUGGAUCAGUACCAUGAUAUCAUUGUUGCAUCUGCUAUAUUUGGAAACUAUGAUGUAAUACAGCAGCCCAGGAACAUCAGUAAACAAGCAAGGAAGAACAUUCCUUUCUAUAUGUUCAUUGAUGAAGAGACAGAAAUGUAUAUGAGAAAUGCCAGUAUUUUGGAUAGCAGAAGGAGAGUUGGAUUAUGGAGAAUCAUUGUUGUCCGGAAUAUUCCGUAUGCUGAUUCUAGGCGUAAUGGAAAGAUUCCAAAACUUCUUUUGCACAGAAUCUUCCCCAACAUCCGAUAUUCAAUUUGGAUUGAUGGGAAGCUUGAGCUAGUUAAAGACCCAUAUCAAAUUCUUGAAAGGUUCUUGUGGCGCCCAAAUGCUACUUUUGCCAUUUCAAGACACUAUAGACGCUUUGAUGUCUUUGUCGAGGCAGAGGCUAAUAAAGUUGCUGGAAAAUAUGAGAAUGCUUCCAUUGAUCGCCAAGUUCAAUUUUAUCAAUACCACGAUGGUUUAACUCGUUAUUCCAGGGCUAAGCUUCCUAUAACUAGUGAUGUGCCUGAAGGCUGUGUUAUCAUUAGAGAACACAUUCCAAUUACAAAUCUGUUUACCUGCUUAUGGUUCAAUGAAGUUGACCGCUUUACUUCUAGAGAUCAGUUAAGCUUUUCCACGGUAAGAGACAAAAUAAUGGCAAAAGUUGAUUGGAGUAUCAAUAUGUUUCUGGAUUGUGAGAGGCGUAACUUUGUAAUACAGGCGUACCAUAGAGAUGUAUUGGAGAACAUGCCUCCCCCUCCGCCUCCUCGUCCUCGUCCAGUUGUUGUAAUUCGGCGUCCUCGUCUUCCACCUGUUUUCUUUACUAUUAACAAGCCUCCGGUGAAGAAGAAUCCUAAGCGCGGGAGAGGAGAUAGGAGAUCAGGUUCUAAGCGUCAUCGUAAAAUAGUAGACAAUGUUGUUAUGAACCAAAUUUUAUUUUAGUCUUGAUCUUUUCUCCUUGAGGUUUUGGUUUCUUUUUUAACUCGCGGUUCUAAAUUGUAAAUGCAUUCUUUGUUGCAAAUUAUACACGAAAAAGCUCUGAACAACUGAUACCAUUUCAAAAAUGUUGCCUCCUUUUAUGUUUUAAUUGUAAAUAUCUCUGUCUUUGACAAGAUCCUUGCUUACCUUUUUCAAAAGGGAAAGAAAAAAAGGGAGAAAGAAAUGGGUUCUCAGUUGUGUGUGCCUUUUGCACACAAUA